CGCAUGCAUAGAUCAUUCGUUGCGCAAAUACGUGGAGGGAAACCAAGAAAUUGAACAUAUGUAUUGUGUUUACGUCAUAGCCGCGUCACCACAGUUGUAACUAUUCUGUAUUGUUGUUAGUUGAUCGUUUAUAAAUUGAAUUUUAUGUUUCGGUGCAGCUAGGCAUUUCAGACAAGAUUGCUAAAAUGGAGUUGGUGCGAGAAUUGGUUCAAAAUCAAUUGGUUUACAUACCAGUACUUCUGGUUAUUUUCCUGGCGAUUUUAGUAUUCGCGUUCGGCUUUCAAACGGCCAAAGAACCACCUUUUGUUAAUCUCACCAAUGAGGACAGAAAGCAACAGAUCAAAAAGAAAAAAUUGAAGGAAAAGAAACCUACACAAAAUGGCAAUGUUGCAAAUGCCCAAUCAAAAGGGGAGAAAUCACCGCAAAAAGAUUCUAAGCGUUCCCCUCAAAAAGAAAAUGAACAAAAGCCAAAAGAUAAAAAACCAGAACUGAACAACAAAGUAGCAGAAAAAAAUAAAAAAAAUGAGAAUAUCAAAAGCAAAGUUGUAGAGGAGAUCAAAUCCAAGAAAACAUUGAAAAAGUUAGUAAGUGAAAAACCUGCUGACUUUGAUGAGGGGGAUUGGGAAACUGUUCCUGCCAAAGGAGAUAAAAAGAAGAAGCAGGAAACUCCAACCAAAAAAGAAAAAAAGAACAAAAAAGUGGACAAACCAAUAGAAAUAGAAAAAAUUGAAAAGGAUUCUGUCAAUAAAGAAAUCCAAACUGGGACUGAAAAAGAAGUAAGUGUUGAGAAAGUAGUUGAAGAAGUGAAAAAAAUUGAAGAAGCUUUCACUGAACCUAUACCAGUUAUUGAAGAUAAAAAGGAAAAGAAGAAAGAAAAGAAAGCUAAAAAAGAGAAGGAAUCGCCUAAAGAAGAACACAUAGAAGUUGCAAUUGUGGAAGAAAUCAAACCUAUAUCUGAAAAGAAGCCUGAAACUAAAAAGGCUGCACCUAUUCCAAAGCCUGUAACUGUUCCAAAGGCUGCAACUGUUACAAAGCCUGCUCCUGAAGAGGAGAAGAAAGUUAAAACUAAAGAGGCUAAAGCUCCCUUAGUUGCUACUGAAGUAUCAGGAAAUGUAGCAUUCGAUGAAUUAGGAGAUUCCUGGACUGAAGCGAAAGUUGCAAAAAAAAGUAAAAAAAAGGCUCGUAAGGAUAAUUAGGAUUAAAAUUAUUUUUAUGGCAUCCUAUCUGCCAAGUUUGUGAUUCCCAUGUGCUACGAGAUGUACGAUCUCAAUACCCAUGAAAGACUUAGUAGUCAUUCUAGAGAAAAAUUCAUGACUUUUUAUAUUGAAGUAUUCAGAAAGCUAAAUGCUUAAUAGUUCUAGUGGAAUGGUAAGAUUAAACAUUUUUUGUAUAUUGAUAUAAUGAGAGAUGCUGCCUUCAUAUGGGAGAUUGUUAUUUUUUUUAGUGAAGCUAUGUAGUGGAAUAUAUGCUCCUCAAUUAUUUACAUUAAAAUAGUUAAUUUAGAAUAGUAUUAUAAUGAUAAAGAAACCAUUUCUUCAUAAAAUAUGUAAGAAAAUAAUCAAUGAAAAAGCAAUUAAAGGUAUUUUAAUGUCAUAAUUUAAAAUGAUUGAGGAGUAUAACAUCAAAAUUUAUGUUUGAUGUGAAAAUAAUUGUAAAUAUUUUGUAAUAGUUGCUAUAUAUAUUUAUUUAAGAAAAGGGAUUAUUGAAAUUACUUUUAUUCAAUACCAUAGUUUUUGUUUGUAUGAAUACAUUCCCAUUUCCUUCUAUUCACCAUGAGUAUAAUUUAAAGGAUAAAUAGCAAGCAUUUCUUCAAUAAAGAAGUAUUGAAGGAAUUAAUUCAUUUCAGAAAUCUAAUAUAGUAUUUAAAUCUUUUUUAUUUCCUGUUAUACAGAGUGCUGUUAUUUUUAUUGUUCUUGUUUUUUUUGUUACUACGCUUAAAUAUUUUCGCAUGAAAACUUUUAGGUUUGAAUUACUAAUUUUCAAAAGUGUGUCUAAUUAUUUGUAACUGAAAAUUACGCAUGUUUAUAUAUAGAUCUUUUGAUUUUCUGUGUGGCGAGAGAUUCCAAGCUUGAAUUCAUUCAAUAAUAUAGUGACUUAUAUUUAAGACUUAAAUUAACAUUCUAAAUAGAUUUUGAGUUUCAAAACAUCAAUCAUUAGCGGAGACGAGACAAUGUGUUUUUUUAAAAAGGACAUCUAUCAUAACCACUCCUAUUCUAUUAAUAUGUUUGAAAACUGCAAUGCACACAUCAGGCUCCAUACAUAUACUGGAAUGAAAUGUCAUGUUAUUUGUUUAUAUAAGAAUAUCAGAUUUUAUCAGUUAUGCCAGUACUGUAGAGGUUAAUAUUUUGACUGAAAAGUACUUCACCUUUUUUAUGCUAGGAACCAAUUCAUAUAAGGUGAUAAUAGUUUUUUAAUAAUAACGUCUUUCGAGGAAAAUAAUAAUAAAUCAGUGAGUAAGAUUAUCAUCGAAAGAUAACAAGUACUCUAGAAUGUGUAUAAUAAUAUUCUUAACAAUUAGGUAAGCAUUUUGUAUUUUGAGUGGCUUGAAUAUAUUUCAGGUAUGUAAUAAUUUUUGCAUAAAAUGAGAAAUUUCUUUUGAAUAGUAUACAUUAGAUUUUGGAUAUGUGUGCCAAGACUCUUAGAUGUUAUCAAAAUGUAUGUAUUACCUAAUCAAUGAAAUCGAUGGCCUUAUAAAUGUGCGGUAUGUUGCAAAUAUUCAUAUUUUUAAUAAUAUAUUUCUAUGAGGUAGGAACAAAUGCUAUUUGAUGUCUUCCACAUUUCUGUUUUAGCUGUUCUUUGAAAUUAUGUUAUUGGGAUUAACGUUUUCCAACUAUAAAAUUCACCGCAUUUAUAAUUUCAAUGUGGAAUUGGCAAUUAUUGGUGAGUGAAAUAUCUGAUUAAUAAUAAACUUUUGUUCCUCUGAAGAUGCUCAAAUUCGAUUGAAUGAAAAUUCAUUUUUGGUUGAUCAUAUCGACACACUGCUUCAAAACAGUUUAAUUGACUACAAGAAUACCCAUCUCAACUAAAAAAACAUUGUAAGCACAAAAAUAAUAUUUUUUUUUAUACUAAAUUGCCAUAGAUUCUGAAAAAAGUAUCUGGUGAAAAGCAUAUUUGAAUAUUUGUGACCAUGAAAAAUUCAACAUUCCCUAAUUAUGAAAUGAACUUUUGCUGACUAUAUUACGAAUACUCACCCAUAUGUGCUUGUAUACGUCCACCUCCAACUUUUAUCAUCCAAGUAAAUAAUAUAUUUGGACCAUUGAAUUAUUUUUAUGACUUUAUAAAAUAUUUUUCAUGUGUAUAUAUAUAGUUUUGUGGAAAAUUGUUGUUUUUAUAUUUAGUCCCAAUGUGAAUGUGUUUUAAGUCAAACUUGCAGGGUGUUACGAAUCCCUAUAAUAAAAAAAAUUUAGGAUCAAUAUUAAGAUAGAUUUUAGUUUGUAAUAAAUAAUCAUUGUUGAUUUUCUUUUUGUUCAAGUGAUGCCGAUAUUUUGUACCUAAGUUUUCCUUGUAGCUAAGUUGUGCAUUAUUCUGUAAGUUGUGGAAUGUUUUUUUGGGGACCAUUGUGAGAAUAUAUUUUAAAAUUUG